GGUGUGGGCGGUUACGCCUGGAGUGUCGGUACAGCGUCGUGGUUGCCGCCGGGGGAUCGAAUCCGGGGUACAAGUCUGCAGUCGCUCCAUCCGCCAGUGCAGACAACAGUCCAGGGUAAGCCUGCCCUUUGAUUUCCCACCAUCGCCCACCCCCUAACUGUCCCUCUGGUCCGGCUGACAAAGGGAGAAGCGACAGGCCCGGCGAGAUGAGCGCAGAGGAACGAUUACACUGCCUGGAGAAGAUACUGUCGCACUGUCUCGGAGGCGCGGCCCUGGGCGAUGAACAGCUGCGAACCCUGGCGGCCUCUGUGCCGUCCCCCUCAACGCCGGAGACGGCGCCGGAGACGGCGCUCGCCAGCCUGCUGGCGGACGGGCCGGACUUCUCGCUCGGCGCCUUCACCCGGACGAUCGAAUCGGCCAUCGCGAAGAAAUGCGAUGCGUCGCAGCUGGAACCGACGGUCCUGCUCGGGGCCGCGCCGCCGCUGGAGCAGCCGGCGGCGGACGAGCCCCUCCCGGCGCUGCCGGAGCACCCCCAUGGGCCCGGGCGGAAUGGCGGCGACGAGGCCCGGCGGGCGCCCCUCGGCGCGGCGCUGAGCUGUCUCCCGCCCAAGGCGAUUGCGCAGUUCCUCGUCGACGUGUUUCUCCGCUACACGCAGACGAACAUCUACUACGUCGAGGAGAAGUGGCUGUACGCCUUUCUCGACGCCUACUACGCCGGCCCCUCCGCCCUGGCGGGCACGACCGACGCCGCGAGCGUGUGCACGGCGCUCAUGGCGCUGGCGUGCGGCACGCAGUUUGCCCACAUGGAGGCCUUCCGGCUGACGAGCCUCGUGGACGGCCAGCCCGUGCACUUCUCCGAGGACGAGGUCGGGCGCCAGUUCCACCAGGCGGCGUGCGCGCUCAUGCCCGACGUGAUCAUCGCGGCCUCGUUCCGCAGCGUGCAGGCGUGCCUGAUGAUGGCGACGUACAACUUCUCGCUCGACUCGGCGGGCGCCUCGUACACGUACCUCAGCCUGGCCCUGAGCCUCGCCGUGCGCAACGAGAUGCAGGACGAGCGCCGCUACGCCGCCACCGCGGACGCCGUGGCCGCCGAGGUCGAGCGCCGCGUCUGGUGGACCGUCUACACCCUGCAGAAGCAGGUCAGCCUGCGGUACGGGCGCCCCCGGCUGCUGGCGCACGCCGACGUUGAUGUCGCGCAGCCCACCGACCUGCCCGAGCUGCGCCCAGGGCGCGAGAUCUCCAACUUCGACAACCAGCGCGCCCUCAUCAACCUGACCCUACUCCUCGAGGCCGGCGGCGACGAGAUCGCCGCCCUGCGCCGCACCCGCCUGCCCGUCCACUUCCUCAACCUCUUCUCCCUCCGCCGCCAGCUCGUCGCCUGGCGCGACCGCCUGCGCCCGCUCGACUCGCCCUGGGCCCCGGACACAAACGUCUGCCGCCUGCGCAACGACAUCCACAUCCACAUCUACUACUGGACCACCCGCCUCUCGCUCGGCCGCCCCUUCCUGCUCGCCCCGCACCCCCGCCCCGCCUCCCCGGCCGACGCCCCGGACGACGCCCCGGACGGCCGCGGCCGCCGCCACCGGCUCGGCCACGAGGUCCUGGUGCAGGACUCGGUCAGCGCCGCCCUCCAGAUCAUCCACCUGUGCGAGCUGCUGCGCGACCGCGUGGGCCUGUCGCGCGCCUCGUACGCGCUCGAGUUCACCUGCUGCCGCACCGCCAUGCUGGUCCUGCUGGCGCAGAACAUCGCAGAGCCGGGCGGCGCCAAGGUGCGCGGCGCCCUCUCGCGCGGCCUUGAGCUGCUCCGCGUCAUGGCCAUCAGCAGCAGCCUGGCCCGCUACGAGGUCCACGUCCUUGAGGCCCUCGAGAACGCCAUCCUCCGCCUUGAGUCCGCCACCAAGCUGCAUAUCCAGGCCGCCUGCAGCCCCAACGCCGCGGACCGCUCCAUGUAUGAUACCUUGCAGACCUGGGGGCGUCUCUGGCAGCACCCGCCGCGCGGGUCUCUGUCUUCGGCCGCCCCCGAUCCUCAUCAAGGGCCUCAUCUCCCCCCCGCCCUGACAGACACCAGUCAGCUCGUGGUCCAUGAUGGGCCACAGCACCACCCCCACGAACACCUCCAUCCCGUCGACUCUUUUCCUCGCAUCCAUGGCCCGGACAAUAUGGAUCUCGAGUCCUUCUCGUCCGAACUCGACCAGUUCGACCGCAUUCCCGAAUUCAACUUCAGCCUCGAUCUGCUGGAUGGCAGGUACGGCCAGCUCGACGAGCUGGCCAUGUAUGAUUUCUCUUGACCAUGUAUCUAUAUCUAUAUGUAUAAGUAGACCUUUCCCUUUCUCGCUUCUGUCCACCCAUAUCCUCGUCUAUCAUAAGGCCCUGCUUAGCAAGAAUUCUUGCAGAGAGAGGAAUCCUCGCUCAGUGUAUGUAUGGUACAUAUAGCACUCAUUGUGCAGUUAAGUACUAUAUUAGUUCCAUAUGGCAUGAAUACUAUAAAUUUAUAAACACC